CUGAAAUUUCGUGUCUGACAAGGACAGAGGGUGACUCUGAAGUCUGCGCUGAAGAAUAAUUGCCUUCUACCUCUAGCUGAGAAAAAUCGGUCUAAAUUUGUACCUACAAGAUUCGCCAAGAAGACUGACUUCAUCAAUGCCGUAGCUCAUGCUCCUUUUGCACCAUGAGAUCGAAUACGCACCUCUUCUUCUUCUCGUCCCUCAUCCUCCUCGUUUGCUUUCUUACCCAUGAAACCUUCGCCGGCACAACUGAAACCAGCUACUCCGCCGUGGCCGCAGAUUUCGGUGGGUGCGAACGCCGGUGUGGUGGCGCCACACCCGUCCCUUACCCUUUUGGCUUCUCUGACGGCUGCCCCAUCGCCCUCUCCUGCAACGCCAGCACCUCCGCGCCGAGCCUCCCAUCCGGAGGAGGAGACAAUGGCACGUCCUACGGCAUCGUCGCCUUCAACUCCACAAUCGCCACCAUCCUCGUUGCCAUCCCAUCCUCGUGCAGACGAAGCAUCCCCGACGCUAGAAGGGUGCUCUCCGGCACCAACUAUGGGGUCUCGGCCCGCACUGGGCUGAUCCUCCGUGGCGGAUGCCGAGAGACCAACUCCACCUCAUGCGCUGUGCCCGUGGCCGUCAUGUCCAGGCUGCUGCGCACGGCGCAGUGCGGUGACAAUGACACGGCUUCGGCCGCUGGCGCUGUGGCGUGCGUCACGUCCUCCUCGCCGAACGCCACUUCUGCGGGCGUUUUCCUGCAGUGGGAUAAGACGGAUAAUACAGAGUGCGACGACAUGCUGACCUCCGCGUUGUUCGGGGAAACGCAGGACGGAACAGCGUCGAUGGAGUUCGGCCUGGCAGAGCUGGCCUGGUGGCUCAACGGGACGUGCGCCGGUGAAGACGAGCGUUGCGCGGCGAACGCGACAUGCUCUGACAUAACAACGCCGAGCGGGUCGGCGGGGCACCGGUGCGCGUGCGUGCCGGGCAUGGCCGGCGACGGGUUCCUAGCUGGAGAUGGGUGCUACUUUCUAGAAGGUAGAUCAAGGUUGAACGUCAAAGGAAUCGUCGAACGAAUCCUACUAUUCAGCAUGUUUGCCCUGAUCUUGCUUUCUAUCGGCAUCUCUAUGGGCAUCUUGGCUUGUUUCCUCAUCAACCGGCGAAAAAGGCACAAUGCCACCACGAAAAGAACCAAACAUCUACGGAAAGCUGGGGCGGCUACACUCUUCCGCGGAGCACCUGUGGAGGAUGAACUUGACCAAGGAGUUGGUGGCCCCCGGCGAUUUUCCUACAACGAGCUAACUACCGCCACCAAUAACUUCUCCGAAGACACGACGCUCGGGAGAGGUGGAUUUGGGUCCGUGUACCAAGGAUUUCUGAGCGACAUGAACCGAGAAGUGGCCGUCAAGAGGGUGUCCGAGACCUCUCGACAGGGUUGGAAGGAGUUCAUCUCCGAGGUAUGCAUCAUUAGCCGUCUCAGGCACCGGAACCUCGUGCAGCUCAUCGGCUGGUGCCACGGUGGCAACGAGCUCCUCCUAGUCUAUGAACUGAUGCACAAUGGCAGCCUUGACACUCAUCUGUACAGAGCGGACUUUGUGCUGGCAUGGCCGGUUAGGUAUGAGAUAGUGCUCGGCGUAGGUGCCGCGCUUAUGUACCUACACCAAGACACGGAGCAGCGCGUGGUGCACAGGGACAUAAAGCCGAGCAAUAUCAUGCUGGACACCUCCUUCAUCGCCAAGCUUGGUGACUUUGGGCUCGCGAGGCUCAUCAAUGACGGAAGAAGAUCGCACACGACCGGCAUGGCUGGCACAUUGGGGUACAUCGAUCCAGAGAGCGUUAUGGCAGGUAGGGCAAGUGUGGAGUCGGACGUCUACAGCUUCGGGGUCCUCCUCCUCGAGGUUGCCUGCGGGCGGCGCCCAGCUGUGGUCCAUGAAAAUGGUGAUGUCGUCCACCUGGUUCAAUGGGUGUGGGACUUGUACGGCGGUGGAGGGAUCCUUGGUGCCGCCGAUGAGCGGCUUAGGGGCGAGCUCGAUGAUCGGGAGAUGGAGUAUGUUUUGGUCGUCGGACUCUGGUGCGCGCACCCGGAUCGCAGCAUGAGACCAUCCAUCAGGCAAGCUGUGAACGUUCUGCGAUUCGAAGCGCCAUUGCCGAGCCUGCCGGCGAGGAUGCCUGUGGCAACCUAUGGGCCACCGACAAAUCUUGUGAGUUUUGGGACGCUGGUCUUAAGCAGUGCCAACGGCCGGUGACGAUGAUCUCUUUGGAACACACGGACAACCAGGGACAUCGGUCACUAACUAAAUUCAGAGCGACAACUUCUGUAGUCAUUCUACACCAUAUUAUAGCUCAAUGUAACUACUGAAACAUGGUUGAUGUGGUUUUUUUCUGAAUCCUUCUGUCAGGAUUUAGGAUCGGAGUGAUAUUAAUGAAGCUUAAUGAGUUCUUUUGUGGUACCCUCAAAUGAAUGACAACUGUUGGUUUUCGUCCAUCAAAUGGACUAACUAGUUUUA